AUGUUUUAAAAAACCCUCUAGACUUUUUCAAGAGUUUCACCAAAGAUAGAUUAUACAAAAGACUAUUAUAAAAUAUUAAAACUUCCUUCAACUGCUGAUUAAUCUCAAAUAAGAAUCCAUUAUUAUUAAUUAGCAAAGAAAUAUCAUCCAGAAUCAUAAAAAGCAAAUAGUGAAAAAUAUUCAAAUGUAUAAGAAGCUUUUAAGGUAAAAAUUUAAUUAGAGAAUGUGAUUAGAUUUUAUCUGAUUUAGAUUACAAAAACAAAUAUGAUUUAAAGAGAGUGAAUAAUGUAGAUACAACAUAGAAAUCUGAUUAAAUUGAAAAGAAAGAUCAAGAUAAAAAUAAUUAUGUUUAACAUUUUGAAGAAUUAAAGUAGUAAUAAUUUGAAUAGGGUGAUGGAAAUUGGAAAUUAAAGAUAAAUGUAAAAUAAGGAUAAAUAUAAUAUAAUUACUAUUUUAGUGAAACAGAAUUAAAAGAGAAAUCAAUUAAUUGUACAGAAUUUGAGAAAGUUGCUUCAGAUUUAAUUACUAAUCUUAAAUUAAAUGAAAAAUCAAUUGAAGAUUAUAAAAAUUCAUCAACAACAUUAAUUUCUAUUUUGACAAAACUCACUUAAAUAGGAUUUCUUCUUUUAACAAUAUUUAUUACAAAAAAGAAAUGA